AUGAGGCGGAUAGCGGAGCUCUACGCCUACUCCGUGGACAAAUCCACAGCAGUUUUUAACCUAAGGAAGAAGGAGGAAAUUGCCAAGAAGAAAAAGAGUGAAAUGAACUGGUUGGACAAGUUGUGCUCAGAAUAUGAAAAAACAAAAAAGGAUACAUUUGAUUAUUUCACCGUUAAAAAAAUCGAAUGGAAAAAUAAACUGAACGAAUCGAAAUUAUCUUCCUGCUUCAAGUGCGAGAACUCCAAGUAUGGGCACCUCCCCUGGUACAAGAAGUUGUAUUACAUAUUAAAAGAGCAUGUCUACAAACUUUUGAACAUUACUGAUGAGGAAAAAAACGUGGACGAAGGGAAAAACGACGACGAAGAAAUUCCUAGCGCGAUUCCUCAACCAAGUUCGCAGGAAAAAACAGUAACCCGAGAUUUCGUAAGCUACGAAAAUUUAGACUACAGGGGUGUACAGAAGACAAAAAAUGCGGAUGAUUCUCUGUUCAAUAAGUAUAGGGAAAGGUUCAGAAAUGUAAGGGACAGUGAGGCCUACCUAAGCGAGCGCAGCCAGUCCGAAUUGGUCAACAGGAAACUGUCUUCGAAUGGCCUCAUAACCGUACGCAGCAAUAAGAUCAUAGGGGAGGAGAGCAGGGUCUCUGAAGUGUGCGUUGUAAAUUCGCUCGCGCGGGAGGCGACAGGAGGAGAAGUGGAAGCGGAAGCAGACGAGAAAACAGGCGUGGACACGGUCAACCAAAGCAUCGACGUGGAAGGAGCUGACGACAACAGGAAGAAUUCUCUGCACGUGGAGGACUCGCCCAAGUUUAAUAUAAAAAACACAUGGGAGAAACUGAGCGGUUACAUUUCGUAG